CUGCAAAUCAGUCGCGACAACGGCUUCUCCUCACUGGCCUUGAGUGCCAUCAAUACGCCGAACAGAGGGUAUCCGCGACAGUCGGCCGCACACAUAGCCCUCCGAGUGGUCCGCCGAUUUCUCGAGCAUUACAGCGAUUCCAUUGAUUUGAUUAUCUUCGCCGUCGACGACACGGACAUCGGUUUCUACGAGCUUUUAAUGCCUCUGUAUUUCCCGCGCUCUGAGCCCGAAGAGGAGUACGCGCGCUAUCAACUGCCACAAGACGUGGGCGGGCAGUACGGAGAGCCUGUCAUACCGGAGCGCGAGAUUAGGAUCGCCGCCAAACCCAACACAUUGUCGACCAUUGAGGAGAGUGUGGACCUAUCGAGCGGUUUGGACACAUCGGUGGCGGUGGGAAAGACAACGAUCGCCGCCAAACCCAACACAUUGUCGACCAUUGAGGAGAGUGUGGACCUAUCGAGCGGUUUGGACACAUCGGUGGCGGUGGGAAAGACAACGUUUGCCAAAAUGCACGGCGAUUUAGAUAAGAGACACAAACGCCAGGCCUCCCUUCCCCUCAAAGAUAGCGAUCCCAUGACCCAAGAGAUACAGCGACAGCACAAAUACGAGCGACUCCUACGCAAAGCCAAAACUGAGGAUUUCAGUGAUUAUAUCACCGCUCGGUGUCUGUAUAUAUCGGGCGAAGACUCGGUGGGCAGACCUGUUGUGGUGAUGAACUUGAAAUGCUUUUACGUAAUCCAUCCGUCGAUAUGGUGUCGAGUGAUCGUCUGGUGGUUCACCACAUUCAACGCCACCCUUCUUAAGCGCAAACUGUUUUGCGUGGGAGGCGUCGAGUAUCUUAAGGUUAAUGGCGUGCGUUAUAGUGAAGUGCAAUCACCGCAACAGCAAACUAAUGACAACUUA